CAAACAGAGGUAGCAGUGAUUUGACUCAGCGACGAAAUCAACACUAAACUAGUGUUUAGCUGCUCCGUUUUCCUAUGUACAGUCUCCAAAUAACGCAGAAAGCAUGGACAGGUCUGGAUCAGUAGAGCUGGUGAUGGAGAAGGAGGAGGAGGAGGAGGAGAAGGAGGAGGGAGAGAAGAUGGAGGAGAAGGAGGAGGAGCAGGAGGAAGAGGAGGAGGAGGAGGAUGAAGAGGAUGAAAUACCUGCAAGGGCCUUGGCGCUUGAAAUGGACAUUUCUGCCAGCCCAGCUUUCCAGUGUUUGGAUGAGAUGUUCUCCUCAGGCCAAGUCAGUGCAACGAAAGUAGCCAAGCUGAAGGCCAGCUAUCAGCUGCUACGAGACACCUUGAGAAGGGCCCUGGUGACGGAGGAUCUGCUCCUCCAGGAGGCCCAGGGGUCCCGGGCCAUGCUGAAGGAGCUGCGGGACCAGGAGGAGGAGGCGGAGGAGGAGCAGGUCGCCCCCUCGCCACCCGCGGACGCCGAGGCCACCCGCCUGCGGCGGCAGCUCCUGCAGGCGCACAACGACGUGGAGCUGGCCCGGAACCGGGACUGCACCCGCCGAUACACCCUGCAGCGUCUCCUGGAAGAGAAGCUGUGUUGGGAGAAGGAGUGUGCGAAAUACAAGUCCAAGCCUGCUAGUUUGGACGCCCUGAGGGAGAAACGAGAGGAGCUUACGAAGGAGGUGGCUCAGAGGCGACUAGAAGUCAGGGAUCUGAACGAUCAGAUGCAGGCCGUCCUGGGUCAGACGCUCCAGCAGCAGAAAGAACUGGAGGAAAAGAAGGAAGUGAUGGAGAAGACCCAGGCUGAAAUGGCUCAACUAGUAAUGGCCCCUGUCCAGCUCCUGAAGGAGAUGGACCGAGUGCAGCACAGAAAGGCAGACGCGGGGCGUAAGGUGGCGUCCCUGGAGGCGGAGGUCGGCGCGCUGACGGAGCAUCUGACGGAGACCGAGCGGAGGCACAGCCAGCUGGAGAAGGAGAAGAGCGAGCUGGUUCUGGAGCGGAUGGAGCUGGGGUCGAGGUUGGAGGCGGCCGCCCAGGCCCACAGGGAGGGGCUGAAGGAGAGGGCCAGAACCAAGGAGAAGGAGCUCUACCUGCUGGGAGAGAGAGACAUUCAGGGGAUGAAGGUGAUUGACUUGGUGACUGACAGCAGGCUGCUCAACGAGAGCCAGUACAUCCAACUGAGGGAGAGAGACAGGCAGAUAAGAGCAUCCAAGCAGAUGGAGCUCCUGCUACAGCAGGCCACGGAUCAGCUGCUCCAAACCCAGAGUCUGCACAACAAGACCAAGGCUCAGAGAGACGCCUGGCUCAAAGGCGACGGCGUAGGGGGCGUCGCCCAGAGGAAGGCGGAGCUACAGAGGGACGUGGACGCUCUCAAAGCCAACCUCAAACACCAGCUGGACCUGUUCCAGGACGAGGGCCAGCUGGAGCAGCAGGGCUCCCGGGUCCAGGCUCUGCUCCGGGAGUCGGGCGAUCUGCGCUCGGACCUCCACAGCCUGGGCCGCCUCACGCACAUCAAGGCCGACGAGAGGGACCAGAAACACCGGCAGCUACGCAAGGCCGAGCAAGCCAGGACGCUUGUGGAACAGGAGCGCCGGGAGAAGGACCUGGUCAUCAUGGACCUUCACAAGCUGCAGAGCGCCCUGCAGCACAGGCUGUCUGAGCGGGCGGAGGCCUACAACCUGCUGCAGGCGGAGACCCAGCGGGCCAUGGCCCAGCGGGACCUGGCCCUCAGGGAGGUGGAGGAGCUGGUGGAGAAGGGCCAGGCGCUGGACAAGGAGGUGGAGAUCCUGAACACCGCCGCCGUCAAGAAGGACAGGACAAUGGUCGAGGCCCGGAAGAAACAUUCCCACGGCCGCGCACAGCAGGAAAGUCUCUCCAAAGACAUCUCCAAAGUGGACCGGCGGCUGCGGGAGGCGGAGGAACGCAGCGAGGAGCGAGCGGCAACGGCCCACGCGCUGAAGCAGGCCGGGGACGAGCGGGAGCAGGAGCUGCUGGCCCUGACCAGGAGCUACCACGCCGCCACGCACAGACGCAAGACCCUCAGCCUCCAGCUGCUGGAGUGCGAGGCGGAGGGCAGCCUGCUGCAGCAGGGCGCCCGGGGGCGGGCAGCGGCGCUGGACGCCGGCGGCGCCACCCUGGACGCCCUGGAGGAGCACGCCCGGACGCUGAGGGUGGACGCGGCCGAAGAGCGCCGCUGCCUCGCCCUGGAGACGGGCCGCGCCGCCCAGGCCCGCGUCGUGGAGGCCGAGUUCGCCGCGCUGUGGACCGAGCUGCUGAAGGCCCGGGCCCAGACCUCAGUGCUGGCUGAGGAGCUGAGCCUCAGCGGAGACCCCUCCUCCGUGUUCAAGGAGCUACUGGGGCCCCCGGCUCCGGGGCCCGAGCUGAUAGAGAAGGCCCAACACUUGGAGGACCGUAUAAUGAAAUGCGAGGAGCAGCUGAUGGAGAAGGAGCUGCUCCUGGAUCAGGUGACCAGGCUCUCUCAGCCAAUCAGAGACCAGCUGGAGAACGGCCAACAGGAAAGGCUGCAGAUGGCUAAGAAGCUGAACUCACUUCGUUCCCAGAGCACUGGCACCAACCAGCGCCUGAUGGCGGUGGCGGCAGAGCUGUCCAUGAGGCAGGCCCAGGCCCUGGCCCUGGAGCAGGAGGUCAGGGAGAGGAAAGAGCAGGUGGAGGAGUGUGAGCGCCGUCUGGCACAGGGUGUCUCCCCCGGCCUGGAGGUGGAGGAGGAGUGGAGGAGGCUGCUCAGGGACAGGAGGAGGAGGCAGAAGGAGGCGCAGGAGAGAGAGGAGCGUGAGGGAGAGGAGGCGUGGAACCAGCUGCCCGGCGGCGUGUUCACCACGGCCGAGCCGCGGCCCAACGCCUACAUCCACAGCCAGGGCCGCCUGCCGCUGCCCAGACCCUACGGGGCCCCGGGGCCCUUCAAGCCCACGGAGCCCGGGGCCAACAUGAGGCACAUCCGCAAGCCCAGACUCAAGCCAAUAGAGAAAUAGAGGCAGACAGACGGACCGACGGACACACAGACCGACGGACUGACGGACGGACACA